GUGGAAGGAACUUCUCCUGUUUCUCUUAUUUUGGGUUUGUUGGGCGGAUCAAUGAUGGGGUUCUCCUAAAGAUAUUAGCUGCAUUUCCAAGAGAAAAAUCUCAACUUGCGAACCAAAACAAAGCAGAGGAAGAUGAUGCUGCAGUGGCCCAUGGUCGUUGCCCGGAGGCCUUCAUUGAGACCCAUGUGUUUCGCUUCCACCCACGCCACUGACGCAGAACAACUACGCGCUCAGCUCAAUCAGCUUCACGCAGAGGCAGAAACCACCAGAGCCAAAGCAAAUAAUGCAAGAUUGCGGCUGUUGCGGUUAUCCGAGGCUGCAGAGAAGCUUCGGCGACAGGCAUCCAUCAACAUCCAAACAGGGAAGGAAAAUGAUGCGAGGGAACUGCUGUUUCAGAAGAAGAAAAUAAUGCAGGCUCUGGAGAAGUCAAAUAGCCGGAUUCAGUUGCUGGAUGAUCUCUCUGCUAAGCUAAAUGAGGCAAUAUCUAUUAAAGAGUCUCAGCUUAUCGGAAAUGUAGCUACAGAUCUUGAAGUUGGCAGUGAUAAUAUGUCCAAUCCAGUUCAUAUAGUGUCUCCAAAGCGGGACAUUUUGGAAGUUGUACACGAGAAAGAAAGUUCAGAUCCUGACGAUUCCGAAAAUGGUGAAAGGACAGACUUGGGUGCUUCUCUUAGUCCUGAAGGAAAUCUUUCUUUUGACAGUAAUGCAGAUCAUUUCAAGGAGACUAUCAGUGGCAGUAGAAAUAUUGAGAAUCACGUGGUUGAUAGUUUGAAUAGAUUUUCUUCUUUUGAUGAUUUUCUGGAGGGGCUUGAUGAGCAACUAAAGAAGAUCGAAGAAGAACUCGCGACCAUCUCAAAGGUCUCUACUUUCAUAUUGGAUAUCAAGGAGAAUCGACAAAAUAUUAGGAUGCAACAAAUAAUUGAACUUGUUGAGAGCGUCAGGGAGAUCAGGGAGAGGAUCUCAUGUAUGAUACAGAAGGUGGGGACUACAUAGUUUGCAAAAUAUUGUGUUUGAUUAUCUUCUAGCUGGGGGCGUACCUCUGGGACUUAGCCUUCAGGAAAUGUGAGUACGAAGAUUGUUCAUGAGUUUCGAUCUCAUAUCUUUCAAAAUGCAGUGACUAAUAAAUGAUAAAGCACUUAUUUAGGUAAAGCUAUCCAACUAUGCGCAUAUCUUGGAAUUCUGAGAGGAGUGCACGGAACUUUUAUUCUUACAACAAUCCAUGUCAGCGGAUCAUACUUAUAGUAAACUUUGUAGAGUGACAAAGAGAUGAUAGGAAUUCCAUAUUUACUUUGUUUCCAUGUAAUUAAAGUGAAGAUCUUGUCCUCACUUAGUCCAACAGCAACGUGGAGAUCUUACUGCAGUAUAAGGAAAAAUCAUGUCUCUGCAUUGUACUUCUCUGCUGCAUCUAGUGAAGUGCUUCAUGAUUCUC